UCCCAAUAAAAAUCCUACCACUUGCAUUCUUUUCCUCUAAUCUACCAUUAUACCCUUCAAUCCCCAAAACAAAAACCAUGAUGAAAAAGCAACCUGUUUUCUCCUUUCCAAUAGUACUUCUACUUUCCAUUUUGUAUUCCACCACUACUUUAGCUCAAUUAUCACCAGCUUCUGCCCCUCUUAAACCAGUUCAAGCAACCCCUACCCCACCCGCUGAGGCUCCUAGACAGCCAUUGGUUCCCUCAUUGCCACAGUCACCAAGUGAUGCCACUCCCGACACUCCAGCUGUUGACAUUGUUGGAAUCCUGAGGCAGGCCAAGUCAUUCAACAUCCUUAUCCGCCUCAUGAAAACCACCCAAUUGAUCAACCAACUCAAUGCACAGCUCCUCACCACUAAGUCAGGUGGCAUCACCAUUCUUGCACCUGAUGACAGUUCUUUCUCUCAACUCAAACCAGGCUUCCUCAACUCUCUUUCUGAUGGCCAAAAGCUCGAGCUCUUGCAGUUCCACGUUCUUUCUGACUAUGUUUCUAGCUCCAACUUUGAUACUCUAACCAACCCUGUGAGAACACUUGCAGGAGCUAAACCUGGAAAGGUGGAACUGAAUGUGAUAAGUUAUGGAGGUAGUGUGAACAUCUCAACGGGUGAGGUUAAUACCACCAUCACUGGCAUUGUAUAUACAGAUAAGCAUCUUGCUAUUUACAAGGUAGGGAAGGUGCUUCUUCCUAUGGACUUCUUUGUUGUUGCUAAAGCACCUGCAAAGGCACCCUCUUUGGCACCAGAAUCUUCGGAAAAGGCUCCUAAAGCGGAUAAGGAGAAGUCACUGUCUCCGGAUUCCUCAGAAUCAUCUGAGAUUAAUUCCACCAAUGAUACCUCUGGCACUGUGAAAAUCAAUGUGUAUGGAAAGUGGCUGUCCCAUGUUCUUGGACUUGUUCUCCUGAUUGCAUUGUUAUCAUAAAUCAAAUAGGUUUUGCGGAAUUUACCAGAUUUAUAUGUAGUAUAUCUUUCAUGAUGAAGAAUGUAAUGUUUUGUGAUUGCGAGAAAGGAGUGAAUGUGGAGAGUUUAUCAGAGUGAUUUUUUCCUCUAUUAAUUUAAGUUUUGUGCCUUUAGUUUAUUGUUUAUUAAAUAAUGGUUACAAGCUUUCUCAUGUAUUUUGAAGAAGAAACUAAUAAAAUCUUUUUGCCAA